GGGACACACGAGCAGUUACUACAUCUGCUUCUUCCUGUUUGACUCCAUGAGCCAAUUGUAGAGUAGCUACCGCGCCUGUGCCAGUCUGCCAGUGACAUUUAUGUGUGCUAUCAACAAUCUCCAGCUAGAACACAAUGCAGAUACCUGAAACUAGUUCAGUUCACCAGAAUGAAUGGCAAAGAGAUGUUUUUGUGCUGAGCUCUGGCACCUGCUUACCUCAACAGAAGGCAGAAGUGUAUCGUGCACAUCUUGCCCAGAUUCAGUAUGCAUGGGCUAAUUCUGAGAUCUCCGAGGCAUCGGCAGUCCACCUGUUCAAGAAGUAUGCUGAGAAGUACUCAGCAAUUCUUGACUCUGACAAGUUGGAAAUUGGCCUGAAUAACUAUGCAGACAGCAUUUUGACUAUGGCAAAAUGUCAGAGAAAUGAAAGUGACAAGUGGCAGUCUUCCUUGACAACUAAUAAUGUUUUAAAAUUAAAGAGUGUGCAAGAGAUGGCUGAGGCAGGCAGAAGAGCCCAGUUGUCUCUGUUGAAUUCAACAGAUGCCUCAGUUAGAGUUGGGAAUGAAAUCGGUACAUCUGGAUAUUCCACUGUUCUUGCUAAUAAUGUCCUUAGAAACCCAUCACAUGCAGUUCCUCAUGCUGCUUCUUCAGAUUGUCAAAUACCAGAGGGGAGCUCAAACUUUCUGCAAAACUCCAAGGUUUCAGCAUUUACUAAAGCAAAUACUUCUUCAAACACUUUGAUUAACAACAGUAUUCCUAUUACUACUUCCUUGAUGCAACGCAAUGAAGUCAAAGCUCCCACGACGUUCUCUACUCAGUCUGGCCCAAAUGUGUUUUCAUCUACUACCUCUGUAUAUUCAGGGAAAAGGAAAGCAUGUUAUACCUUAGGUGAUGAGAGCACUGAUAUUCAACCUAAGCCUUUAGUUCAAAGGCAGCUUGCUAGCAAAGAAGCUACAGGUGACAGUGACUUUAAAACCGCAAAAGAGCAGUUGUGGGUUGAUCAGCAGAAGAAACACAGUAAUCAGCCUCAGCGUAAUCCUGGUCCUUUGUAUGGUGGUGGCAAAAAGUCACUGGGAGCUGCACGUUCUCGUGGUCUUCAUGGAAAAUUUAUUCCUCCACUUCCUAGGCAGGAGGAUGUUGAGGAUAGCAACAGGAAAGUAUAUGGCCAGGGCAACAGUGAGAUGAAUUCAACUUCUGAUGAACAUUUAAAAAACAUAGAACCAAAGAUGAUUGAACUGAUAAUGAGUGAGAUAAUGGAUCAUGGGCCUCCUCUGAACUGGGAUGAUAUUGCCGGGCUUGAGUUUGCUAAAACAACCAUCAAAGAAAUAGUGGUGUGGCCAAUGCUUAGGCCAGAUAUUUUUACUGGCUUGCGAGGACCCCCAAAAGGAAUUCUUCUUUUUGGUCCACCAGGAACAGGAAAAACUCUGAUAGGCAAGUGUAUUGCUUGUCAGUCGGGUGCCACAUUUUUCAGCAUAAGUGCAUCAUCAUUGACUUCCAAAUGGGUUGGAGAAGGUGAAAAAAUGGUUCGAGCCCUCUUUACAGUGGCAAGGUGUCACCAGCCAGCUGUGAUAUUCAUUGAUGAAAUAGAUUCUCUGUUAUCCCAGCGUGGUGAAGGGGAGCAUGAAUCGUCAAGGAGGAUUAAAACAGAGUUUUUAGUUCAACUUGAUGGUGCUACGACAUCUUCAGAAGAUCGCAUACUGGUUGUUGGUGCUACUAACCGCCCCCAAGAAAUUGAUGAGGCAGCUCGUAGAAGACUUGUUAAAAGACUCUAUAUUCCUCUUCCUGAAGCGUCUGCAAGGAAGCAAAUUGUUGUCAGUCUAAUGUCAAAAGAGCAUUGUAGUCUCACAGAACAAGAGGUAGAGGCCAUCGUUUUGCAGGCUGAUGGUUUCUCAGGUGCAGAUAUGACUCAGCUUUGCCGGGAAGCUGCACUUGGUCCUAUACGCAGUAUACAGCUAAUGGAUAUUUCAACCAUAACAGCCGAACAAGUCCGCCCUAUUGCUUAUAUUGAUUUCCAAAGUGCUUUUCUGGUAGUGCGGCCUAGUGUUUCACAAAAAGACUUGGAAUUAUACGAGAACUGGAACAAAACAUUUGGUUGCGGCAGGUGACGUGCUGCUGUUCCUUUUAGAAUUAUUUUGUCAUAAAAUAAAUGUGAGAUUAGCUGAUUUCAACAGCAUGUCCCUGCAAAUACCCGUAUAUGUGUUCAUUUACCCACAUAGAUUUUUCCCAGCUUAUUAAAAUUAAUCAUACCAAGGUCUACAGGUCUGCUCUACAUGCCCUGAGAUACGGUAUCACUUUUACAUGAAUAAAUAGGUCUGAAGUUGA